AUGGCAGUUUCCAAUACUACUACUGCUGCUAAAGAUCCUACAGAUAUGUCCACUGCCAUUCUUAUUCGGGUCGAUCAAACGGGGAAAGGAGACUUUGGAAAGAUACAGGACGCCAUUGAUUCUGUUCCCUCCAAUAAUUCAGAACUGGUUUUCAUAUCGAUUAAGCCUGGAACUUACAGAGAAAAGAUUGUAGUGCCUGCUGAUAAACCCUUCAUAACUUUGAGUGGCACAAAAUCAUCAGACACUAUAAUCACAUGGAAUGACAGCGGGGAGAUAUUCGCUUCUCCCACACUCUCUGUUUUGGCUUCUGAUUUUGUUGGACGAUAUAUCACAAUUCAGAAUACUUACGGAACGAGUGGUAAAGCUGUUGCGCUAAGGGUGUCGGGCGACAGAGCUGCGUUCUACAGUUGUAAGAUCCUCUCUUAUCAGGAUACCCUCUUAGAUGAUGUAGGCAAGCAUUACUUCAACAACUGUAUUGAGGGAGCUAUUGACUUCAUUUUUGGGAAUGCUGCUUCUCUCUAUGAAAAAUGCCAUUUGCACUCACUGUCUGAGAGAGAUGGAGCUAUUACAGCACAACAUAGAGUAUCUUCAGCAGAGAACACUGGUUUCACAUUUUUAGGCUGCAAUAUCACCGGCGUUGGAGCCUCUUUUCUUGGAAGGCCCUGGGGUGCUUCCUCUAGAGUUGUGUUUACAUAUUGUCACAUGUCCAGUGCCAUUAUUCCACAAGGAUGGAAUGACUGGGGAGACGAAACCAAACAACGUUCUGUGUACUAUGGUGAGUACAAGUGUUAUGGUCCUGGUGCAAAUCGGUCGAAGAGGGUUGGCUGGUCGCGCAGCCUAACAAGCGACGAGGCUGCUCAAUUCUUGACAAAGGACAUGAUUGGAGGGAAAAAUUGGCUCAGGGAUCCCCCAAUCCACUUCAAGAGAGCCUCUGGCGCCCUUGUAUCUUUGAAUAGUGAUGAAAAUGAAUAGAAGAAAAGGCAUUAUUUGUUUAAGAAAUAUAUAAUUCAAA